ACCGGAACUAAGCAAUUAAAUAACUGUAUACAAAACGUCUUAUGAAGGUGAUCAGUGGGGAUAUCAUAUAUUUUGGAUAAAUAAUUGGUUUUAUAUCUAUUUUUCAUUGGGUAGAGAGGGGGUGGGGGUAUAUAUGUAAGAUCUAUACACACUUCAGGUGCCUGCGUGUGAGUAUCACACCGGUAAUUGUCCAAUCAAAAUGAACUUAGUCAAUUGUAGUUCUAUAUAUUUAAAGAAAAUUUUUUUUUCCUUGCGCGAUUUUUCUCAUUUCCUCUUCUUCUUUUCUCUUAAUUUUUGUACCCCUGAUUAGGAAAUUUUGUGUAAUUUGUAGAAAUAACCAAGUGUAUACAAAGGAACUAUUUGCUGUUGGUAGCUGAGGCUACUUCCUGAGGUGCACUCCGGCUGUUUACACACAUGUGAAAAACAUGUGGAUUUGAGGGUAGUCUUGUUUGCGGGUAAUUUUAUUUUCGAAAAUGCCAUGUAGGGUGUUGUUUUUCUGGUGUCGGCAGACAAGAUAGAAUCAAGAGACUUUACAAAAGCUUCAGAUAUGUCAGCUGAUCAGAUUUCAUAUUCUGAGAAGUACUAUGAUGAGAAAUUUGAGUACAGACAUGUUAUUCUUCCUGAUGACAUCGCAAAGCUAGUGCCAAAGAAUCAUUUGAUGACAGAGACGGAAUGGAGAAAUCUGGGAGUGCAGCAGUCCCCAGGCUGGAUCCAUUACAUGGUUCACACUCCAGAACCUCACAUUCUCCUGUUCAGACGACCUUUGCCAAAAGCUCUCCCCGUGAUGACGGCGACCAUGGUGAAGUAAGAAGAGGCAACCCACACAAACAGUUGUUAUGGUGUACAUACUUUUUGUAGUGCUGUUAUUUGUUGUUGUCCAUUUAUUAUUAUAUUAGUUGAUUUUAUAGGCACUUUUCUUUUUAUUCUGAAGUACUAGCAGUACUCAAUUUUAACACGAUUGUAGCUGUGAUUUUACAUUCUCAAUGCGUUUAUUUUCACAGCCAUGUUACAGAUUCAACAAACUUUAAGUUUACAUAAAGGUUUACAUUAUAGAGUUUACAAUGUUAUAUGAACGAGUUCCAAGAAUUCUUGAAAGAAUUUCCGGAUUAUAUGAAAUAGUUUACUUGAUAUGAUAAAGUUUACAUGAUUAUAUGAAGAACUUUACAGGAUUAUAUGAAAGAGUUUACAUGAAAGCGUUACAUCAAAUUAUGACCAACUUUUUACUUCAGAUACAAAACAGUUAUUGUUUUCUUGUUUGAAGUACUAGUGAAAAGUUCAGUCUUGCAAUUUCUUCCAAUUUCCUAGAAAAGUGAAUGUAUGAAGGUUAUUUUUUAAAUUCUUUAAGUUAUUUUUAUGUAAGUUUUGAAGGUUAUUUGAUGUAAGUUCUGAAGGUUAUUUUUGGUGUAAGUUCUGAAGGUUAUUUUUGGUGCAAGUUCUGAAGGUUAUUUUUGGUGUAAGUUCUGAAGGUUAUUUUUGAUGUAAGUUCUGAAGGUUAUUUUUGGUGUAGUUCUGUAGAUUAUUUUUGGUGUAGUUCUGUAGAUUAUUUUUGGUGUAAGUUUCUGACUACUUCAGAUUCACACUGAUGAUAUAUUUUAGUCACAAUAUGAAAGUGACACAGGUGCAGGAGUUAUGUACAUGGAGCUGUCUGUAUCUUGUAUCCCCCGACAUGUACCCUGAGUUGUUCAAAUAUUGGAGAUCCUCCAAUGAGAUAUUAAUGUAUUUUCUUUGGUAAAAAUUCUCAGGCCAGUGAAAGUUAUGUUCAGAUCAGUCAUUAAAACAUAAAAAAUCAAA